AUGCUCAAACAUCUAUCUGCUCUUGUUGAAUUCUUAAUGGGAAAAAUACAUCCCAGAAACUUGCGUAUUUGGCGCACAAAUGUUCAUUUGGUGUUGGAUUUCCGCAACAAUGUUCGUUUGUUCAAGGAAUUUGCAUUUGUCAUUUAUACUGGCGUCUUUUUACAAUUUCUACCAAAGGGAAACGAACCAAAUUAUUCUCAAAUCAAGUAUGAAGCCAAAGCGUAUACCAUGCAAAGUGAUAGUACUUUCUUCAGACAGUUGAAAAUCCCUAUGGAGGUGAAGAAGCCAUGCAAAACCACAAGCAGUGAAUAUUGUGGUCCUAAGUUGUACCCUUCUUCCAAAGCAUUUUUCAAUGCAAAGUACGCUAAACUACUAGAUGAUAUUAAAAUUGGCAGGCGGGUGCAAUUCCACAACUGCAUAUUGAGAAGGAAAUGCAUCACAUUACUUGUUCAUUUAACUUCCGGUUUCAGUAAUAGGUCACUUAGGGGCUCCAAUACUGUAACAUCACCGAGCAACCUACCCUCCGGCUUCAUGCUCACCAAUCUAAAUCCACUUGUGACUUUGCUUACACAAUUUAUGUUGCUUCUACUCCAGAAUAAAUGCUUCAACUUCACAUUUUGUGAAUAUUUGAUAGUGCCUCCUUUGUGA